CGUCACGCGGAAGGAAAGGAGGGAGGAGGAAAGGGGGCGGAGCGGCGCGCGAGGCCCGGCGGUAGCCAUGGCGGCAGCGGCGGCCUCGGGCUCGGUGUGGUGCUGCCUGCGCUGGGCCUGCUGCGGGGAAGGCGGCGGGGGCCACAUCCCGCUCAAGGAGAUGCUGGCCGUGCAGCUGGACACGCAGCGAAUGGGAACGGACGUCGUCAUCGUCAAGAACGGGCGGAGAGUUUGCGGUACGGGAGGCUGCCUAGCCAAUGCCCCUCUGCAUCAAAACAAGAGCUAUUUUGAGUUUAAAAUCCAGUCUACAGGGAUCUGGGGUGUCGGGGUCGCUACUCAGAAAGUCAACCUGAAUCAGAUCCCUAUGGGGCGCGACACGAAUAGCUUAGUCCUGAGGAAUGACGGCGCUCUUUACUACAACAACGAAGAAAAGAACAGGUUGCCUGCAAACAGCCUCCCACAGGAGGGUGACGUGGUGGGUAUUUCGUAUGACCAUGUAGAAUUAAAUGUUUACCUAAAUGGGAAAAAUAUGCACUGUCCGGCGUCAGGAAUCAGAGGGACGGUCUUCCCUGUGGUAUAUGUGGAUGACAGCGCCAUUUUGGAUUGUCAGUUCAGUGACUUUUAUCAUACGCCUCCGACAGGGUUUGAAAAGAUCCUCUUCGAACAACAGAUUUUCUGAAGGUUCCCAUUCACUUCCCGGCCGUUGUUAUAAGACCUGCUCUCUGUUCCUGGAGCACACACACCUGCAUUGAGUCAAAGUACUUCUGAUUUGUCUAAAAGAAAAAAACAACCUGUGUUGCAAAUGCUAUACCUGAUAUCGUUUUGUGAUGUGGACAAUAUUUGUUUUUCACGUAAAGGGAUACAGCUGACAGUAUUCGCCGACUUGGAAGUUCUAAUGUCGCUGUACGUUAAAUAGUUCUUAUACAUAUCAGUAUGUUUCCAGGAAACUGUAGGGACUGAAGUUUGUCCCAGCACAUUUCUAGUAUCUUUCUAUUUUUUGCAGGGGUGGAAUUCUAGCAGGAGCUCCUUUGCAUAUUAGGCCACACACCCCUGAUUUAGCCAAUCCCCCAAGAGCUUACAAAAAAAGAGCCUUGUAAGCUCUUGGAGGAUUGGCUUACAUCAAGGGUUGUGACCUAACAUGCAAAGAUGCUCCUGCUAGAAUUCCAUCCGAUUCUUUGUUCAUACGUAGUCCGAGAAACUACUUGGAGGCUUUAUCAAUUUCUGGUGUCUUGUACAGAAGCUGCUCCUAGUUGCAAGGUGGGCAGCUAUGAUUUUUAGUUAUUUUUUUUUAACUGCUGAGAUUCCUGCUUAAUUUAAUCCCGAGAGUUCUUUUCGUUAAAAUCAAGGCCAGGUCCUGAAUGUAAAAAAAGCCAACCCAAAUCGAAGGUCGUCUUGCUGUGUUCUGCUGGUAAAAAUAAAAUUUAAAAAAAAGACAAGUAAGCUGCUAGUGGUUAUAAUAAAGCUUUAUUUCUGAACCGAA